AUGGAAGAGCUGUACACCACCCGAACCACCAGUUCGAUCUUCCAGCACUAUGCAUCGACAUCCCUUGAAGGUUGCACCCAAAAAACCACUCCCAGAUCUGCCAAAAAAGCUGGAAGAAGCAGAAUUAGAUUAUUCAGGUUACCUAAACUGACUAGUGAUCCGAAAAUUUCUUCUCCGUUAUGUGUUAGUCAUGAACUACACGUGGUCUAUGAUGAAAAUACCGGAGAAUUCAGAGGAAUGCCUGAGGAGUGGUUGGAAUGGUUACAUGCCGCUAAUAUAUCAUUUCAAGAGCGUGAGCAAAACCCAGAGCUCGUUAUCGAAGUUUUGCAGUGUUACGAUACGGCUAAACAUCGGGCUAGGAGACAAAAGUUUAUUAUGACGGAAGAACAUUGCUGGGAAAAUUUUGAAAAUACCACUUCAUGUGUAUGCCAUCAGUUUAUAAAUAAUGAAGUUUCUGCUAAUCAUAGAUGUAGAAACUUUCAACAUAAUUCGACUGAUUCAACUUCCUCAAAUGCAAUAUCUGGGGAUUCACCAUGUUCUGAUCUUUCUAUUCCUAAUUCAUGUCAAUUUUCUUGUACGUCAACAACAAAAGAUAUUCCACCAACAGCACUACGACGACCACCACCUGUUCCACCUCAUUAUUCUGUUACUCAUCGACAGGAUGGAGACAAGAAUUUAGAAACAGAUAAAAAUAAUAAUGAAGUUCUAACUACUGAACGAACAAAAUCUGACUCGCAUUUGGAACAGAAAUCGCUAUCUGGAAAUGAUAUUUGUUUUGUCGAUGCUAAUGUAGAUUCGGAACAUGAAUCAAUAUCCUUUCAGAUUUUAAAUCUUCACCACCGUUUUAAGGCUUCAAAUGAAUGUAUUGACUGUGAAUCCAUCCGCAGUUAUUCCAAUAUAUUUUACAGCUCAUUGCCAUUAGAUGAAACAAAAGAGAUAGAAAAACUAGAUCGAAAGGAAUCAGCUUUUCAAAUGAUUGAUCAUGCUAAUGACAAUGAUGAAAAAUCUGAUAAGAAAAGCAUAUGUGAAACAGAUUUGUGCACAGAGCAGACAUUCAAUAAUGCUUUGCUUGGAAGUAGUCUUAAUGAAACAAAUAGAUUCAUAAUCGAGGAGGAGCCCUACGGUGUGGAAGAAAUCGAGGUUUACGAAUCAGAAAAAGUGUCUGAUAUUAUCUCUACUAAUAGGACAUGUCAGCCUGUCACUGAGAUGGAGAUUAGUUCACAAAAUCAUUUGUCUUUAAUAAGUUCGACUAAUUGGCAAAUAUUUUGUUGUAUUAGCGAAGCGGCAUUUACGUCAAAUAUCACAGAUUCAUCAUCAACUGGUCUGCAGAUUUGCUUGGCUCAACCAGAAUUGGAUGAAGAUACUCAUCUAACUGAAUCAAUACAAGCUGAUCAAAACGAAUCACAUACUUCCGAAGCUACCCAAAAGCCUAUAUUUCCUGAUAACAAUUCAAAUGUUUCACAAUCAACUUCAUCCGUUGAACUGAAAAGCACAUCUGAAAUGUUAUCAAAUGACGAAAACAUAACCACUACCUCUGAACUCCAAUGGGAAUCAGUUGGUCCACAAAGAGGCCGUACUGUUACAAGAUGCAAUGUUGUCCAAAGUAGAACAAAGCGCUCUGCAGUUCACUCGGGAAGACAGUCAGCAGCGAGCUUGAAAAACUCUCCUAAACUUCUGGCUAUCAACAGAAACCUGGAACCCGCAAUUACUCCCAGUGACACAAGUUCUCCAGAUGAUGGGACCGGAUUUCAAAACCCCAAUCCCCCAGUUUGUCUAGUUUCUCGGCAUUCCCCAAGUUGCCGUAGCAGAAUUCGUAUGCGUGAUGAACAAAUUAUUGCUAGGUUAAGGACAAUUGUUAGUCGGGGUAAACCUUCAGAAAAAUAUGAAACCCUUGGACGUAUUGGUCAUGGAGCUUCGGGUGUUGUUUAUAUCGGUCGAGAACUUCAGUCUGGGUGUCGUGUAGCUAUUAAACAGAUGAGUCUACGACAACAACCUAGAAAAGAAUUAAUCCUCAACGAAAUUUUGGUUAUGAGAACAUAUCGAAAUCCAAAUGUAGUCAAUUACUUAGAUAGUUAUUUACUAGGAGAUGAAUUGUGGGUCGUAAUGGAAUAUUUAGAUGGUGGUUCAUUAACUGAUGUCAUUACAGAAACAUGUAUGAGUGAAUCACAUAUUGCUACAGUUUGUCGUGAAACUUUACAAGCUUUAAAAUUUUUGCAUAGUAAACAUGUAAUACAUCGUGAUAUAAAGUCUGAUAAUAUACUCUUAGGGUUAGAUGGUUCUGUAAAAUUAACAGAUUUUGGAUUUUGUGCACAAUUAUCUGCUAAAAAUGAUGAUUUUAAACGAACUACAAUGGUUGGUACACCUUAUUGGAUGGCACCUGAAGUAGUUAGCAGAAAACAAUAUGGUCAUAAAAUUGAUAUUUGGUCAUUAGGUAUAAUGACAUUGGAAAUGUUAGAAGGUGAACCACCUUAUUUAAGUGAAAAUCCUUUAAAAGCAUUAUAUUUAAUAGCAACUAAUGGUAAACCAAAUUUUCGUAAAGAUAAUCUUAGUCCGGAAUUAUUAAACUUUCUUGACAGAUGUUUAGAAGUGGAUGCUCAAUCUCGUGCUAACGCAUCUGAACUAAUUGAACACCCGUUCAUACAACAGAAUGCUCGCCCAGUGAUAACUUUGAUUCCACUCAUUCUAUUAGCACGAGAACAAGCUCGUUCUGUUACAGAAUCGUAA